UCAUGCGACCUUGACGAACACACCGUCCUGCGUCGACAACAUUUGUGCACAUUCAUAUUGCAUAGGGAAUUUUGUUUGUAGUGGACAUGCCUGAAGAAAGGCCGCAUCAAACAUCCGGUCAAGCCCUUCACGAACUGAGUAGCAACUCCCAUUCAAGCUGAAAAAAAUCGGCCAAAGCCAAAGGCUUCAUGCACCUCCUCAGCAUCUUUCAAACCUACCUCAUGUCAAGUAUGGAGACAUUUGAGCUUUCUGCGACUGCCGAUUUGAGCAAAGCAAUGAUCUCUCCCUGCGAAUCUCCCACAUCAUUUGCAGCCAAUGAGAGGUAUUGAAGCGUAGGAUGUGUCUUGACUACAUCUGCCCAUAUCGAAGCGCCUGGAGCAGAAGGGAAAUUGUGUGCGUCUCUGCCCGCCUUUUUCUAACCUACCAAUUUCUCCAAUCUGAUUCCAGCUGAGAUCCAGAUAGCGUAGAGCCGGAGGCGACCGCAUUUCGCUAGACGAGUUGAAUCUUCUGACGCUGGUAGUAUGUCCCUCCGCGAUGGGAACGUGCAACGUUCUGUUCACGCCGCAUAACAAUCCAGCGCCUCCACGUUCUGUUUCGGACAGAGAUGCAGCUUUGGUUGGGAUGCCAGCCACUGCAGCCGCCAAGGCCAAUGAGCCUACAAGCAGAGGGAGAAGCAAAGAACAAGUGCUCGACACGGAAGCUGGUACGACCGAGGACCUUCUGCAGUGAUUUGAUUUUUGGCCAGAUCCAGAGCCGUCAAUUUGCGUAAGCUGCUGACGACAGCCGACGCGACUUCAACACAGCCCUGGACCAACAACGAAGACUUCCAACAGGAGAAUGCCACAGCAUGUUUCAGGGACUCACCCUGCUCCCGAUUUGAUUGUCUCGCAAUGUGAUGGUCUCCAACCAGCACCUGGUGUCAAUGGAGAAUGCGUAAGGGAAUGUGAGGACGCGUGUCUUUCUCACCUUGUCCUUUCAAGCGCGGAACAGAGCAAAAACGCCCCCCGGUCAGAAACGCUACAGCCAUCCAACGUCAAAUGGGACAAAGACGAGAAGACCAUGCCCUUUCCAAAAAGAUGCGCCUCGAGUCGCGCCCCAAGAAAGAGGGAAAAGAGGGAGAAGGAGGAAGCCAAUCCGACAACUUCUUGCAGCACCGGCAAGAACGCCGAGCCCUCGGGGAAGUCCACCUGUCCAUCACAUGUGGCGAUACAUAUGUAUGAGAACGCCAAAAUGGCUUUUCUUUUUUUUGUACCUUUUCGCUGUCGUGAAUGCCUUUUCUGACUUGAGCACCGAGACACUGGGCUCCGCCAUAUGAAAGUCGAUCCGCUAAGCGCUGUUGCAAUAAGUCUCCAGCUCCAUGGAGUAAUGCCUGCUGACGUCUCUGACUUCGGGCUUUCCAUCUCUUCUCCUUCAAGAGGCCACGGCUGAUGAGCUCCGUCUCCACUCCUGCCAGCUCUCCGGGUUCUUCUCGCGCCAGUCCUCGCCAGAUUUGCAAUCUGGUCCGCAGCUCUUUGAGGAGUUUGUCUCCGUUUGGAGACACCCCUUCUGAUGCUUCAGCCGCAAAGCCAUCAUUGCCACUUAUUUCCGUUUUGAACGAAGGAACGACGGAAGGAAUGUCUUGCGUUGUCUCCAAAGCAGGGCCGAUUGACAAACGUUUCUCGAUGACAGCAGGGCAGGCCGAAAACAACAGCUUGAUGUUCUCGAAAGGCUGCCGCAGACUCGCGUCGUUCAUGUCGAAGGGUUCUGGGAAAGGCCGGAAGACGCGCUGGUUCCUGUCAGGAGGUAAUGCAACAGCAGAGCCAGAAAAGCGAUAAUCGGUACACGGCGCUAUGGGGGUGUCGUCCAAUGGCGGAAGGGAGGGGUCGCUCGUGUCUCUUGUGGUCCGUCCGAAACUCAAGAUGACGUGAAGAACGGCAGCAUAAGGGUACAGGUGCAGCACAUGACCGAAGAGAAUCGCGUCGCAUUGAGUGAUGUUUGACCAUGGUGACAUCUGAAUCUGGAUAACGACUGCUGCGCCUGAGGAAUACAAAAGUUCGGUCAUAGCACCCAUCAGGAGCCCCGGUGCAGUUACCCAGCUGUCCUGCUUUUUGGAGCGACUCCAAGUCGAUCCCAUUGAAGAAUGUUAACGUUCCAAAACGGCUCUAUGAUACGAAAGGAGACGUGCAGGUCUCGCCAGACUGCUUUUUUCUUCACUUUUCGUACCUGGAGUAUCUUGACCAUUUCCAAUGCACUGCACACUCCCAAGGAGAGACAGCUUCGAGCAUCGAAAUAUCUCAAGGAUGGAAGCGGCAUUUCGGCCCUGUCCAUUUUGUAUGGAGGCGAUAGGAUAUUCGCGAGGCGGGAAAUGGCCGCAUCGGUGAUCGUGUUCUGAGACAAAUCGAGGUGCGUCACAGCCGCGAGACGUCGAAAGCCGGGAGCUUCCCGAGGCCACUUGCUCUCCAGCAGUGAGCACAGCCCUUGCAUUCCUUCGUCGCUCGAACUCCGUGAACACCGAAGGAAAGCGGUUUCGAGCCGGAGGUGUUCAAAGACCUGUAGGAAAGCAGGCACCAGAUAGGGGGGAGGAUUGGCAUAGCUUCCUUUAUUUCUUAUUACCUCUGGAGUCUUUUCGCACAGCCGACCAAGCAGGGCGAGAGUGGUGUCAUUCCAUAGCACAUCGGAGUCUUCAGGCUGGUCUUGCUUUUGUAGCUGAAUACCGUUGAACGACGUGAGAUUGGUCCUUCCAGCCGCUGCGGACGCCAACAUGGACGAACCUCUGUAUGUGAAAAACGCUCGUUAAAGCGGUCAUUCAAGCAAUAUUCGGUCCUCAUGGAAUGUCGUUACUUUGCGCUCGUUUUGAAGCCUGGGCCGAACUGCAAAUGCUUGAUAGUCUGAUUGCCGACCACAAUAUCGGCGAGGAAGACCAAGGAGUUGUCAGGAAUAGUGUGUCUCGACAGUCGCAGAGAGACGAGAAGCGGGAAGUUUGCUGGCGUGACAAGGCUACCGAGGAGCAGGGCGUCACCCUCGUCGAGACGAACUUCUCUCGUAGCUUCUGGUCCUUCUCCGCCCGUGUUGAUGGCAGCCCGCGCGUAUGCCACUCCUGCAGGAUCGUCGAAAUCGCCAAAAUCUAUUGCUCCGUCAUCAGCUCCGUUGAAGUGCAAGAGCUGGAGAAUCGCAAGCUGUCAAAGUCGAAUGUGUGAGGGAAGCCUUACCUUUGUCUUUUGCGCAUUGGCGAUUAGAACGGGAAUACAGUUGAGCGUCUCCACAUUUGUGUUUUCGUUCUGAAGCAGGUGGAGCAAAUACAGCCCGUCCGAUUCAGUGAGGUAGUUUCCACGCUGACCAAACAAGGGUAAACAGAUAGUCGAGUCAAAUCCAAGUAACGCUCUUGCAUUGUACCAGGUCAAGCUUCCUUAGAGAAGGACUCAUUAGGAGGGAGCGAAGGACGCGGCGAAAGAAGGAAGGCACUCGCUCUAUCGCUGCGUCAUGGUCUUCGUUCUCCUCACUGCAAGAAACAAUGAGGUGUGCUGAAAAGGAGAUGUAUCUACACGUACCCGGCGGCAUACUCAUCAGGGUGCAUCGAUUCGCACAUUUUCCGCAGACCUUGCAUGGCAAGACUUAAGGAAAUGAGCGACUCAGUCAGCGGCAGAGCUAAUGGCCUGACAAUGGCGCAAUCAGACGACGACAUCACACGUGAAACACGAGAAGGACGCACCUGUCCAAUUGCGGGAAGGGGAAAUUUCUCGGCGCCUCACACACCGGCACGUGAAGGGCGGGGGUAUAGAUUGUCUGCAGAGACAUGCAAUGUGUCCAUGUAUUGUGUCUCGGUGGCUCAGACGCCUUUUUCAUCUGUUCCUUUACUCGAUAGGUGCCGGCCGGUCCCUCGACCACAGUGCCGCUCAUCACUUCCUCAAAGUCUUCUGGAGACAUGGAUGAAAGCUGCUCCUUGGUGAGAGAUCUGAUGAGACAAUUCGUCGUGAACCAGCAAGCGACGUGGGCACUGACAAUCAUUUGCCUCUCACCUGCCACCUGCGGCAACCUCUUCGAACCGCGGGAGCGUCAUGAGAGUUGCCUUGAGCAGAUUUAUCAUGCGUGCCGUCUCGUCUGAAAAUGGCAGCCGUUUCCUCCUCACUGGCAUCACGCUUUCUUGCACCGAAAGCCGCCUCAAAUGGGUUCCAGCGCCCGAAGACAAGUAUGUGAGCAGAGAGCAGACCGAGUUUGUGUUCAUCCUGGCUCCGUCAAUGGGCAGCUCCGUGAUUUGGAGGGAGGGAUUGGCGAGACAUCUCAGCAGGCUUACACAGACAUGGGUGCUCCGGAUGCUCAGCUGAUGGGGAAAGCUCCCCUCGCUCAAGCUGCUCACCAAGGCCGCGAGACGCUGGCACUGGUCAGUAACCACAGUCACGCGCUUGUCAAUGAAGUAUAGGCACACUCGCAGCGGCCGCUUAUGCGCCACGAGUGCACGGAAGACCCCUUCGGAAUCAGCGUUGCCCCUUAACCUCAGUGUGAGCGACUCGAUGGCAUCUUCACCGUCAAUUGAAUGCACGACGCCCCGCGUGCUCUCUGCAAGCGGUAAGGACUUGGUUUGCUACCUGUGCAACCACAACUCACUUUACCAAGCCGAAGAAGCAAUCGAAGGUCUUCAUCAUCGUACGAACUGAAUGAAGCACACCAGGCCCCUCAGAUAUCUUCGACAGGUGUGUGUCUGUUCUCUCACCCGAGCUGCAUGUCAUUGAAUGUCUCAAGCGAUCCUCGAUGCGUCGGCCGGCAUACCUUCCACAGACACGAGAAGCGGGCCUCGGCUUGUUCCACCUCGGCGUCGCGGGAUUCUCUUUCGGUCCGAAGACGGGCCCCAAGGCCUCCUGAAAGCCUACAGAGAGUGAGACACACAGGCACCAUCUGACAGAUUGCUCUUGUUCCCUUGUGUGUUGCCUCUCCGAUUACUUGCAAAGUGUGGAGCUGUAGCCCUGUAUUGUAAGCGUCUGCACACGGGUCUUCCUUGAAGGCUCCGCGAACAAGGCCAUGAGCUCGUCGAUGCCGUCCGUCCCCGGUGGCAGAGCAAGGCUGACCUCGCGUAGCUCUGCCGAGUCUUUCUCGAGGAGCCUAGCCAAUCAUUCGCGGAGGGAUAUGCACAAGGAUGCGUCUCGUUUUGCGACAACUCACCUCUUGACUGAGAAGAAGAGAUGAGCCGACACGAAAGGCGGAUACGGAACGACAUCAACGAAACCGUCGGCAGAAGUGGAAACCUGCCAUAGUGAGACAUGCUUCUCUUCGUCAUUAAUCUGGGACUUAAUAGCAUUACUUGGCCGAAUCUGAGGCUUCGAAGCUCUCGCAUGCUACCCAGGGUCAGCAUUUUGAGUUGAAGGACCAAGUCGGUUGUAGAAGCGCGCGGGCUUGAAGACCACGAUUGGAGCGACGAGGCGCCGAAAUGUUUCGCCUCGUCCGAGGUAUCGACGUCAAACUCCUUGCCUCCGCACGGCUUUCUGAAGUCUUCAACACGUGUGGGAAGACUCCCCCACGCUUCAAGUUUGGGAUGGAGCAGCAAUGCCUCCGCAAGGGCGUUCAGCCCCUGCACCUUGUCCCACGUUGGGUGGCCGAUAGCCGCACAGGCAAUGGGGAAGCUGAGACGUCGCAAGCUCCUGUUACCGCGGACACCCUUGGUCAGCAUCGCCAGACCCUGCGGCAUCACAUUAUAUAUGCAUGUAUAUGGCAGCGGCAUGUGAAGAUAUCAGAAUGUGCCUCUCACCUGCAGGUCGACAGGAAUGUUGUCAAGAGUCAGACUCUCGAUCGCCCCGCUGUGAAGGACGUAUCUUGCGAUCUUUUUGAUCCCUUCAUGGCCGAAGGAGCUGUUAGACAAGUCGAGCUCCUUGACACAAUCAAAUCUAAAAGACAAAGACACAAUCCGCCGAGACCUGCCAUGCCUCGGCCAGUGAUCGGUCUUUCGCACCUCAAGAGCCAUUCCUCGAGGAAUAUGAUGUCUUCGUCAACAAGAAGGCGGUUCGCGAGGUUCAACGAAUUUGCAUGGCCACUUCGGAAGCGACGAAAGUCGAUCUUCAUGGUAUUGACGCUUUCAAGAGGAGAGCUGGCAUUCCCGAUAAGGCUUUGAGCAAUCGCCUGACACGAGAGUGGGAAGACGGUCUGUGAAUGCGUUCCUAUUGGUGACAAUGGGUACCUUGGCUCCUUCCUUCUGCACUGAGCAGAGACACAAGAUAGAGCAAGUGUGAAAUGAGCAAGACGUACAGGGUCUGUUGGGGCAUACCGUCGUUGCGUCUGAAGACGAUCUGUUUCAGUGAUUCGUUGAAUCUGAGGAAGUGCGACAGGAUGAUUGCUCCCACCACCUCGAUGCCAUACAGGCCGCUGUGGCCUCUCCAAUUGGACAGAUUGAGCGACGUUGCGGUGUUGUCCUUCAAAGGCCGCACAUGUACCCCAUUAACUUUGGUCAGCAAGACGUAGCGGCGACCCAGCGCCUGCAGACAGUCGUGACGGAGCACCUGGGUUGGGGGCUCGUGUGCGGCCAGCCUCCUUUUUUGUCUCUCACGGUCCCUACCUUCAUGAGCUCCCAGCCAAAUCCUGGGCUAAGCUGAUUCCCUCUCAGAUCUGCAGACAAGACAGUCAGACGCACAUUCAUGCAUUCAACUUCAAUCAAAUCAUGGCGCACCAUGAUCACCUUACCGAGCUCCAUUAGGUUGGGGCUUGAUAUAACGAGACUGAAUAUGAUGUUGGCGUCGAGUCUGCUGCCCACUGGCAAGUCAUAUUAUGACAGACAGCCACGAAUCACGUUCCCCUGCGAUGUUCUCUGGUCCCUUACUCAAGUGCAGCUUGUCGAAUGUGCCGCUGUCUCCACCGAAGGAGAGAUUGAGAGCGCAGGAAUCCGCCUUUAUCGCCGCCAU